AUGAGUGGAACUGGCAAUACAAGCAAGAGGCGAGGCGGGGAAAUGGAAGAAACAAAACUAACCCUAAACCUAUCAGCGGAGGAAUUGGAUGAUUUAUUGAGACUUGCCGGUACUAUUCGCAGCAAGCUGAGCAACGCUACCAUGGGUACAUGGGAGGCCUAUGAUCUAUUCCAGCAAUACAAAGAUCUCCAGGAAUACAGAAAGAUGGUCGCAGUCGCGUACGGUGUCCGGCUUGCUCGUAACUUUAGUCCAGACUCCAAGGCCGAAACAGCUCUUGCGACAGAGCAUCAGAAAAGACUUUACUUGAUGAUCUGUGAGAAGAGGCAUAGUGUAGGAGAGCUUUUACCCCCCAUGGUAUAUAGAAGAACUGACAUGACGUAUCAAAUAGUUGCCGUUCACACGACCACCAAGCCAGGCGAUCAAGCGGGCAUCUGCCUAGCCGACAGUUAUCUGCAGCUGACGACCCCAAUUAUGGCGCAGAUAGAAUUGGUUUAUCCUAUGGCAUACUCGUUCCUGGUGGGCUGAAUACUGGUGGAAAAUGGUCGAUGGUCGUCUUGUCGCGAUAUGGACACCUUGAUACUUGAUGGAGAAAUAAAAAUAACACCAAG